CCCCGGCCGGGGGGUCACGUAGCGCCCAAGGGGCCCCCACAGGCCUAAGCAGGCCAAGCCAGCCUGGGCCCAGAGGGGCUGCCUCGCUGCCGAGGCACUCGGCCGGUGUAUUCCCCGGUGGCACCACUGUCUUGGUGGAGCUCACACCUGACAUUCACAUCUGUGGCAUCUGCAAACAGCAGUUCAACAACCUCGAUGCCUUCGUUGGGCACAAGCAAAGCGGUUGCCAGCUCACUAGUGCGACAGCCGGGGCCACAAGCACGGUCCAGUUUGUGUCGGAAGAAACGGUGCCAUCAACACAGACACAGACCACAACCAGGACCAUCGCUUCGGAGACCCAAACCAUCACAGUUUCUGCACCAGAGUUUGUUUUUGAGCAUGGCUAUCAAACCUACCUGCCCAGUGAGAGCAGUGAGCCUCCAACUGCUGCUAUCGUCUCUACACCACCAAAAGCACGAUCAAGAAAAUCCACUUCCUCACUUACACAGAAGAAACUAAACUGCUGCUAUCCAGGUUGCCAGUUCAAGACUUCCUAUGGUAUGAAGGAUAUGGAACGUCAUCUACGAACACACACAGGAGACAAGCCCCAUAAAUGUGAAGUUUGUAACAAGUGUUUUAGUCGUAAAGAUAAGCUGAAGAUGCACAUGCGUUCUCAUACUGGGGUGAAGCCUUACAAAUGUAAACACUGUGACUAUGCAGCCGCCGACAGCAGCAGCCUCAACAAGCACCAGCGCAUUCACUCGAAUGAGCGUCCUUUUAAAUGCCAGAUCUGUCCUUACGCAAGCCGCAACUCUAGCCAGCUAACUGUACAUCUCAGAUCCCACACAGGAGAUGCUCCUUUCCAGUGUCAGAUGUGUCCUGCUAAAUUUAAAAUCAACUCAGACUUGAAGAGGCACAUGCGUGUGCAUUCUGGAGAGAAACCUUACAAGUGUGAGUUCUGCGAGGUCCGGUGUGCCAUGAAAGGAAACUUGAAAUCGCACAUUCGUAUCAAGCACAGCAUGGAAAAUACUCUCAAGUGUCCAGAGUGUGAAUUUCAGUGUGGAAACAAAACGAGCCUUCGGCACCACAUAAGAACUCAUCAGCCUGAACAACCAGUGAAGUGCUCAGAGUGCAACUACUCUUGCUCCAACAAGGCAGCUCUGAAAGUGCACGAGCGAAUUCACUGCAAAGAUCGUCCUUUCAAAUGUGAAUUCUGCAGCUUUGAUACCAAGCAGCGGAGCAACCUGACAACUCAUGUGAGGAAAGCUCAUGGUGACAAAGUCAAGACCAAGAAGCAAACUGUGGAGAAGAAGGACGGAGAUAGGCCAAAGCAAGGUGGAUCCAGGCAAGUUGCCAAAUUGGAUGCCAAGAAAGCAUUUAAGUGUGACCUCUGCGAUGCUUCCUUUGUCCGAGAAGAUUCUCUUCGGAGUCAUAAGAAGCAGCACAGUAUGUAUAAUGGACCUAAAAAUAAUGAACUAGCUGUUCUACAGCUCCAGAUGGAUCCUAGUCGACAGACCAGCGCCCCAAUUACUGUAAGUCAUCUCCAGGUUCCACUUCAGGCCGCUCAGGUUUCUCCAUACAGCGAGGGAAGGGUUAAGAUCAUUGUGGGACACCAGGUCCCUCAGACUAACAGUAUCGUUCAGGCUGCAUCAGUGAAUGUUGUGCCUCCUACAUUAGUUGGCCAGACUCAGGAAGACCUCUCAGCCAACAGCCGCUUGCAGCUUUUGGGCCAAGUCAGUUUGUUGGCACCACCUCCACCUCCUAUAUCUCAAAGUGAAGCUGGGCCUGUGGCACAACCAGCAGUUCUUCUCACAGCCCAUGACCAAAGCGAUGGAAGUGCUUUACAUCAAACUCUGAUUCCUGCAGAGGCUUCAGCAAACCAAGCUUUCAUCACCAGCUCUGGAAUCAGCUGCUCUGACUUAGAAGGCCUUAAUGCUUUGAUACAAGAAGGAGCAACAGAAGUGACUGUGGUUAGCGAUGGAGGUCAGAGUAUAACAGUGUCCACUUCAGCUCCCCCUCCUCCUAUCUUUUCUUCAUCCUCUCACACAGAAGCCCCAAAGCAGACCUAUUCUAUCAUUCAGAGUGGAGCCCAUACAGCUUUGCUGUGUCCAGCAGACUCCAUACCAGAUUAG